GAAAAAGGGACUCCGGGGUUUACAGCAACGGCCAUCGAGGGCAAGUGCGCCCUGAGAGGGAUCGAAAACGCAGACAUCAUCUUCAGCAACUGCUUCAUCCCGGCAGCCAACAAAAUGCGACCAGGAGGAUUUUCAAACAACACCAAACGCGUGCUUGAAUCCUCCAGGGCACUCGUUGCAGCUGCGUGCACAGGCCUCGUGAUCGGGGCGUACGACGCUGCAUUGCAGUACAGCAGCAUGCGAAUUCAAUUUGGCCGGCCUUUAGCUCACUUCCAGCUCAUUCAAGAACGACUGAUGAGGGCCCUAGGAUUCGCCAGCGGGUGCUUGGCGCUGUCUGUACAGCUGGGCCGGAGGCUAGACAAGGGCUCUUCUUCUCCGGCUCUACCUGCCCUGGUGAAGGCGACAGCCUCCCUAUGGGCACGAGAAGGCACCAAACUAUGCAGAGAAAUUAUGGGUGGAAAUGGCAUUUUGCUUGACUUCUCUGUCGCUAAGGCCUUUGCAGAUGUGGAGGCGCUGUAUACUUACGAAGGAACCUACGACAUCAAUAUGCUGAUUGCUGGACGUGAAGCCACGGGCUUCAGUGCCUUUAAAUAA